AUGCCGUCGCUAGGUGGCAGUACUGCCAGGCAACGCGAUGGACCUCCAAUACCAGCUAGCAAGCCUGCAGCAAGACCAGCAUCCAAGCCACAGCCAAAUGCCCACCUCUCGUACAGCACAUGGUCUGCGUUCGGCUUGCUUUUAACCUUCCACGGUCUAGGUGUUCUCUACAGUCCGAUCCAAGACUGUGAUGAGGUCUUCAACUACUGGGAGCCAACACACUACCUCACCCAUGGCCAUGGCUUCCAAACAUGGGAGUAUUCGCCAGACUAUGCCAUCCGCUCAUGGGUCUAUGCGGGACUCCAUGCCCUCGUCAUGCUUCCGAUUAAACUGCUCGGCGCCAACAAGAGAGCACAGUUCAUCUUCCUCCGCUACGUUCUCGCAGUCAUUUGCGCAGCAUGCGAGACAAGGCUAUACGCAAAAGUCACCACGACCCUCAACCCUCGAGUCGCCAACUUCUUUCUGAUGAUUCUCGCCACGAGUCCGGGAAUGUUCCAUGCCAGUAUCUCGUACCUACCCAGCAGCUUCGCCAUGUACUUCACUUGUCUAGGCAUGGCAGCCUUCAUGGAUUGGCGAGGAGGUCUGAGGACCGCGCAGGGCAUCUGGAUGUUCGGCAUCGGCGCGGUACUAGGCUGGCCUUUCGCUGCGGCACUUUCGAUACCAUUCCUAUUGGAAGAAGCCUUUCUUGCCACCAUCAGCGACAAGGCAGGCGAGAUCGAGCUCUUCUGGCGCAUCAUAGAUGGUGUGACACGGACACUCAUAACGCUUGUGCUCCAGAUGGCCAUCGAUGCCUUCUUCUACAAGAAGUUCGUGGUCGUCCCACUGCAUAUAGUCCUCUACAACAUCUUCAGCAAAGCAGGUGGACCGGAUCUCUACGGCACAGAACCCUGGCAUUUCUACCUUCGGAACCUGUUCCUCAACUUCCACGUCUGGUUCGUACUCGCCCUCCUCGCACUACCUCUGCAGAUAGUCCAACACUCUUUCCGCACCAAGGGAGCAACACGCACAUCCUACCUCCGAGGUCUCACCUUCUUGACUCCCCUCUACCUCUGGCUCGCGAUCUUCACCAUCCAACCACACAAAGAAGAACGCUUCAUGUACCCAGCCUAUCCAGCGCUCGCCCUCAACGCUGCAAUGAGCUUGCAUAUCAUCCUCGCCAAUCUCGGCUCGACGGACUCGAGAGAUCUAGUCGCUCGCAUACCAGUUCAACUCCGCUUCUUCGGCAUCCUCACCUUCGUCUUCUCCGCUCUCGCCAUCUCUGCUCUGCGGACUGCAGGCACAAUGACUGCAUACGGUGCACCACUAUCGAUCUACGACUCCCUCCGCACGGCCAAUCUCACGAAAACAGGUGCCUUUAUCUGCCUAGGGAAAGAAUGGUACCGCUUCCCUUCACACUAUCUUUUACCUUCAGAAACACGAGCCAAAUUCGUAAAGUCAGAGUUCUCAGGCCUACUCCCAGGCGAGUUCAGCGAAAUACCUGGUUCGCAAGGCUUUGGUGUCUUCCCAGGAACAUGGCUCGUGCCGCCCGGAAUGAAUGAUGGGAAUAAAGAGGAUAUGGCGAAGUAUACAGAUAUCAAGCGAUGUGACUUCCUGGUGGACAGCCAUCUGCCUUCUACGGAAGUCACGAGUCUGGAGCCGAGUUAUGUGCGUGAUGAGAAAACGUGGGAGAAAGUGGCUUGUGAGCCUUUCUUGGAUGCGGCGAGUACGGGUGUUCUUGGAAGACUGUUGUGGAUGCCGGACUUGCCUUUUGUGCCGAAGCAGUUUCGACGGGUCUGGGGCGAGUAUUAUUUGCUCAAGCGCAGGACGAGGCCGCUGGUUGAGAAGAGGGCUGGGGUUAUGGAUGGAACGGCUCGGCAGGGCGUGGAGAAUAUGCUUUGA